CACCUCCUGCAGUCACCCUGCAAUCUCUGAACAAACAGUAGCGAGCAAUAAUAAUUACCGGCAGGAGAUAAUCAUUUGUCAUCAUCACUUUCUCAUUCUGAUACCGGCACCGUGCUACUUUUAAAAACACCCGCUGACGCACAGCUGUAUCAGGAGGGGCACUUAACUUUGACCAGCAGUCGUUUCUAUCAAGGGCAGCGGGAGUGCAACUUCAACAAGUCUGCAGCUGGACGCCUUUUUUCAUCCCUGCCUUUCACGGUUCACAGAGAUAAAGAUCGACUAUGGUGGAGAUUUUCUAAAGUUAGAUAAAGUUAGAUCAACCGCAACUGAGGAUCGAUAUACCGUUAUUUAGACCAGACAUUUCCUCUGAUAACAUGGGCGGAGUGUGCUUGUGCUGCUCAUGGACUUGCAGACCAGUGUGGCCAGUUUUUAUUAUUCUGGCUACAAUACCCUGUAUGUUGCACUCCUCAGAGAGUCCGGCAGCAGUUGUUGGAAAAAUGUAUCCACGCGGCAACCACUGGGCUGUAGGUCAUUUGAUGGGAAAAAAGAGCGUUGAGACCCUGCCUGAUAUGCAGGAGACAAUUCCCGACAGCAACUACCUCACACCCUCCAGAAACAGCCGGGUCACAGAGCUGGAGCGAUUUGAGCAUCUGAUAGAGGGUCUGCUGCAACGAGAGAGCCAAAAACAGAUGAGGCUACAAACUGCAGACAGGCUGCUUCGACUGCACAGCGGCUGGAGACAAGAGGACAGAGACAAGUAUCUCAGAGAGAUGUCAGACCUGCUUCUUCUGGCUUUGAAACUGCAAGGCAAUGACUCCACCUGAGGGCAACACGGAUUCUGAUUGAACAGCCAUCAUUAUCUACUUAACAUGUGCCAUGUAAUCACUUAUCCACACUGAAAAGGUUUUUCUGCUUUAAGAAACUGCUGGAAACCCAAUAGACGUUUAUUUUAUCAUUAAUUUCACAUUUCUAAUAUGUAUAUCAUGCAACAGUUUGACUACAGACUGACCUGAAAACUUUAUGUUACACAAUAUGAAAACCUAAAUAAAUUCAUCGUUGUGAUAACUGCA